UCCCGAGGCAACGCGGCGACGUCCGAGGUUCUGGUGUCCCACUUCCGGGGGUCGGUGGCGGAGGCGCGGAUGCCGCUGUUCCGGGAGCUGCUGAAGCGCGUGGCGCGUCUGGAGCGGCGGGCGGCGGGGGACCGGGGCGGCAAGGAGUGGGUGCUCAAGGCCGAGUUUGGGGGCGAGCCGGCGGCUGGAGGGGCGGACGCUUAG